GUGUCCAACUAACCUCCGAAGAGCCAGGAUAUAAAUAUGUAACCGUUCCCCAGAUCAAGGUAGGUCUCCAUAUACCCUCCUUCAUCAUUCUCAUCCAACCUUGUCGAGAAGAAUGCCAACGGCCACACCCGCAAUCGCCAUCCUCGGCGCUGGCCCCAGCGGCCUUAUGCUAGCAAGACUGUUAGAAGUGAAGCAAAUCGACUACGUGGUCUUCGAACGCGACGACUCCGCCACAGCCGUCGGACAAGGAGGCACUCUCGACAUCCACACCGGCAGUGGCCAGACUGCCCUCCAGAAAGCCGGGCUCUUCGACAAAUUCAAAGCUUCGGCGAGAUAUGACGGCCAGGCCUUCAAGGUGGUGGACAAGGAUGGGAACGAGGUGUUGAACAUGACGCCUGACGGACGUGAGGAUAGACCGGAGAUUGAUCGGAAAGAGUUGCGGCAGUUGCUGCUGGACUCGGUGCCUGCGGGGAGGAUUCGAUGGGGGCAUCGGGUGGAGAGUGUUUACCGGGAUGAGAGCGGUUCGAUGGCCGUUCGUUUCGAUGGUGGGCGUGUUGAGGAAGGAUUCAGACUUGUUGUUGGAGCAGACGGCGCAUGGUCGAAGGCCAGAUCGUUGAUCACUCCGGCAAAACCGCAAUACUCGGGCAUCAGCUACCUCCAAACAUCCAUCCAAACAUGCAACCCCAACUACUUCCGGGUGAGUCGGCAGUGCGGAACGGGGAUGUACAUGGUGAUAUCCGACGCGAAAUCCAUCAUCGUGCAGCGCAUGGGGAACGGGUCCUACAAUGUUUACGUCUCCCUGCAUCUGCCGGAGAACUGGGCCAGGCAGGAAGCGCAGCUGUUCAAGUCUCCCGACUUCCGAACGCAUGUCAUGACGCAGUACUUUGCCGACUGGUCGACACACGUCACAGAUCUAGUCAGGCACAGCGACGGCGAAUUCCAUUCCUGGCCGCUGUGGUCGCUGCCGCCCGAUAGCCUGUCGUGGGAACAUGUACCUGGCAUUACUUUGCUCGGCGAUGCGGCACAUCUCGCCCUGAGCAAUGGAGAGGGAGUGAAUUGCGGGAUGUACGAUAGCCUGCAGCUGGCCGAGGAGAUUGAGACGUGCGGGAUGGCGAAUCUGGACGAGGCAGUGAAGCGGUAUGAGGAGAAGAUGCUGCCGCGAGGAGUUGAGCAUAUCGAGGAUGGGAAUCAGAUGCAGGGCAUGUUUCAUGCGCAGGAUUCGGUGGUGCAAUUCAAAGUCUGGGCUCAGUCGAUGGGUGCUUGAGAAGUGUAGCGAUUAGAUAGAUCAUACAGUAUAGAUGCA